AUGUUCCCUCUUCUGAAAAAUUGUCUUAUUGCAAGACAAGGAAUUAUUAAUCAUGAAGCUUUUUCUCGUUGUUUUGGAAUUUCUAUAAAUAAGGCAUAUUCUACGAGAAACGACAAUGCUUCAAAAAAUAUUGUAUUUGUUGAUGGAGUACGAACUCCAUUUUUACAAUCUGGAACUGAUUAUAAGAAACUCCUGGCUUAUGAUCUAGCAAGACAUUCGUUGGUGAGUUUGCAAAAGAAGAUUGGGUUUUCCAAGGAAAUAAUUGAUUAUAUAGUUUAUGGCACAGUGUUGCAAGAAGUGCGUACUUCCAAUAUAGGGAGAGAAGCUGCUCUAGCUGCGGGAUAUAGUGAGCACACUCCUGCACAUACAGUAACAAUGGCUUGCAUUAGCAGCAAUCAGGCUAUUACCACUGGCAUGGGUUUAAUCGCAUGUGGUGUUUAUGAUGCUGUUAUAGCAGGAGGAGUAGAAUUUAUGUCAGAUAUUCCAAUUCGACAUAGUCGAUCCAUGAGAUCUCUGAUGCUGCAAGCUAAUAAAGCAAAAACUUUACCAAAUAAAUUAGCUCUCUUGGCCAGUAUCAGACCAAAUCAUUUCAUACCAGAUCUACCAGCUGUGGCAGAGUUUUCAACAAAUGAAACUAUGGGACAUAGUGGGGAUCGUUUAGCAGCAGCGUUUGGUGUAACACGUAAGGAACAAGACGAUUACGCAUUGCGUUCUCAUACAUUAGCUGCGCAAGCGCAGCAACAGGGACUGCUGUCAGACGUAGCUCCUUAUAAAGUUCCAAAUGUUGAUAAAGUUGUCGAUAGAGACAAUGGCAUUCGCGUAUCUACGGAAGAACAAUUGGCAAAGCUGAAACCUGCGUUUGUUAAACCUUAUGGAACAGUUACUGCAGCCAAUGCCUCUUUCUUGACCGAUGGUGCAUCGGCAGCGUUAAUAAUGAGCGAAGAGAGAGCUCUCCAACUUGGCUUGAAACCCAAGGCAUAUUUGCGCAACUUUACUUAUGUGUCUCAAGAUCCAGUUGAUCAAUUACUUCUAGGACCAUCAUAUGCAAUCCCAAAAAUUCUGGAUAAAGCAAAAUUAACUUUGAAAGAUAUAGGAGUAUGGGAAAUACAUGAAGCGUUUGCUGGACAAAUUUGUGCUAAUCUGAAAGCAAUGGAUUCUGAUUUGUUCGCUCAAAAGUAUUUAAAGAGGAGUUCGAAAGUCGGUAUACCGGAUUUAAAUAAGUGGAAUGCUUGGGGAGGAUCUUUGUCGAUCGGUCAUCCAUUUGCUGCCACUGGAGUACGAUUAGCGACGCACACUGCCAACAGACUUAUUAAAGAAGAUCAACAAUUUGGACUUAUCUCAGCUUGUGCUGCUGGUGGACAAGGAGUUGGUAUGAUCAUGGAACGAUAUACUGGUGCUACAAUCUAAUUUCACUUUUCAAGGAAUAUACAUUUGAUAAAAAUAGACAUUAAUUAACAGAGAAAUAGUGAUUUUUCUACUCGAGAGAAACAUUUAAAAUUGUGAAAUUGUUCUUAAGAAAGCAAUUUUUUUUAUUAAUUAGA